GUUAUCAGCUGAUGAGGUAAACAAGGGAGAUCUGUAACCAAGCGCCCGGCACGUGAAGAAUUAAUAGGUUCCUGCUUAAUCGUGGAGCAGGUGUGAGUGAGCCAGCAUGACUCAGAGUGCAGUGAACGGUACAUCAUCCAUCAACAGCGUGGAGGAUGAAUUCAGGUUCUCUACAGACCUCAGUCUAGAAGACAUUCGCUCUGAUCAACAUAAGUUUUGUGAGGAGCGUAACUGGUUACAGCACCACCCUCCUCGUAAUGUUCUGCUGGCCAUGGUGGGGGAAGUUGGAGAACUGUCUGAGCUCUUCCAGUGGCGUGGUGAGGUAACAAGAGGACUGCCAGAGUUCACAUCUCCUGAGAAGGUGCGAGUGGGAGAAGAGUUGAGCGACGUGUUGAUCUACCUAGUGGACCUUGCAGAACAGUGCCACAUUGACCUCCCAACAGCUGUUAGAGACAAAAUGAAGAAAAAUGCCCUCAAAUACCCAGUCCAGAGGGUGAGCGGGAAAACUGAUAAGUACAGCAGUUAUCCCGAAAGCAAGCAAGAGACGAGUGAUGUGGGGGACAUACAGCGGGAGAGGGAGGAAGCAGACGGCAGCGAAUAACUCACUCUUUGAAUUUGCAUUAUCACUCAUUUGUCUAGAUUCUCAUUAGUUUAUAAUUUUUACACAUGUAUUUUUUUACUUUCUUUCAUAAGGUUAAGUGUGUAAGAUAAGCAAAAUAUGAAAGCCUGAACAAAACGAAUGGAUGACAUGUUGUAAGUGUAGGAGUGGUUAGUUGUGGUGUCUACUGAAGUAAUCCUCAUCACUUAUUACCUCACUACAUUAUAUAUAAGCUGAUGGGUUGUAUGUUUUGAGGUGGAGGAAGGUGAAGACGUAAAAGGUCAGUAACGAAUCUUAAAGAAUACACAGAGCAUUUCUUUGUCAUUCAUACAAGUCUUGAAGAAGCUCUUUUUUUUUUCCCUGCUAAUGAUACAGAUUGAUUGGACAGGUGAUGAUCUUCAUAGCACUCAGUAGCUAGUGGGUUACACCACCCCCUUGGUAGGUUGCUGAGCCUCUGAAGGGUUGUUCCACCAUCAUGCAUGAUAGUGUACUGUACUCAUUUAUGGUAUUGCUAAGUGUACAAAGGCUGGCCCUGUGUACAUGCAGGAGUGUACUGUACUAAUUUAACACAAAAUGCACAAAGGCCCCUGUACAAAGAAGAACCGUAUCCCAGUUCUCCUCUCAGGUGGUCAGAAAUCAAAACCAUUAUCAUAACCCACUAGGCACUUGCUGUACCAACUGAGGUUUGUGCAUUAUAGUACACGUAUCUUUAUUUCCUUUCAAUGUUUUAGGCAUGGAUGCAAGAACUUCACCUCCUUAUACACUCGCUCCAAAGAGUAUCAUUGCGAUUUUCUGUUAGACAAUAUGACACAAUGGAUGAAGGAUUUUGACAACCCUAUCGAGAUAACAGUAGUCGCGGUGUUCAUUUUGAAAUUCAUUGGACCCCUCCGUAAAGAUUCUUUUUUGGAGCGAAUGUAUACAUACAUACUCAUACAUUCCUUAAAGAUAAAUAAUGUAACCUAGCUAUUUUCCUGUGUUGAUUUAUUGAAAUUUCAUGAGUAUUGUGCUUUGAUGCUUUAUAUUGUAUUACAGGUAAUCUAAAUAGGAAUAAUACUAUAUCCUGAUUUUUUUUAGAUAUGUCGGUCAGUAGAAAUGUGAAUUACCUUCAAGUGAUAAAAUUUGACUAUAUAAAGUUCAGAGUAUCACUGGAGGGGAAAUAGUUCACAAGUUUAAGAGUUAAUCUUGGUUGUGGGAUUAUGAAGAGCAAAAGGGGGAUUGAACAAAGGUGUUAAUUGAGGGGGGGAAAAACAUAGUUGCAGAAAUUAAAGUUGUGAUAGUUCAAGAUUUUAUCAUGUUAGGGUUUAGAUAAAUGGACAGUAUGGACACAACAAAAUGAAAUGAUCUUUUAAUAAUAAUUUAAAUCAUGAGGGAAGAUCAGCCUUUGUAAAACGGCUAAUUCGAUGAAAGAAGUGUUUGUGAGAAGUCCUCCUAAUAUGGGCAGUUGGCUCUUAAGAUAUUUAGUGAGGGAUGAUAGCAAUAAUUUGUUUCUUUCGUAUUGUUUCCUGUAACAAUGGCAGCUCCUGAGGUGGGUAGAAUUGUGUUAAUCAACUACCCACGACAAUAUUUGGCUUCCUGUGAUCUUAGGUAAUACCGUACCUCAUCUAUCACAUGUGUUGGAUUUUUUUAAUUGACUACCAAAUUAUUGUCUUUCGAUAACCUGUGCUGUAGUGUGUGUUUGCUCAUUGUAUAGAGUCAGAGUUUUCAUUUGGAUCUCUGCUCACAACACUGAAUGCUUCCUUUAACAUCUACAGUAGGUGAAUUCAGUUGGGUUUUAGAAACAAAAUUUUAAUUUACAAGUAACAAAAAUUUUAUUAACCAAGCCAAAAUUAGUUUCAUAAGAUGUUGUGGUUUUAUUUCAUUGCUGAGAAUAUUUAUAUUUAUCACAUCUACCACUUAUCAGUUUACUAAUCCUUUAGGCAGUCAGUUGUUCUUUGUUACUUUGUUUUGACUUUCAUUGUCUGGUGUUAGUGCAGGAGGAAACCAGAGUGCCCAGAGAAAACUUGCCGUGGUUGGUAGUAUCACCCUGGAUAACACCCGUUAUUGUAAUAUUUUCUUUUUGUUUACUGGCUUUUAGUUAGUUAACAGCAGCCCAUUCACUUCCAGCCUCUUCAUUGCCCGUUUGGCCAAAGUUUAAGUGACUAAAAUUAUAAACAACCACCACCUUUGGGUCUGCUGCCUAACCUAGAUAUUUAGUGAAAAUCUUAGAGGAAAUAAAUUUUCUUGCUUUAGCAUUUACAGAGAAAACUGUGUGUGUUUACAUUCAGUUAAAUCUAAUAUGCACAGUAAAAAAAGAGUUUAUCAAGUGUAAUAAAGUCAUAGACAAAAAUAGAGCUUAAUCAGUGGUGCUAAUUAGUGGCAAGAACACAUUAGACUUUGAAAUAUAUCAUUGUUUGAAGAUAUUCUCUCACUUAAAAAGCCAAACCAAAGUGAUGUUGUGUGUGUAUAGUAUUGUGUCCUAUCAGCCUUAAUCUGUUCCCAAAGAAACUGACAUCAGUUCUUGGAUCUUAACUCACACUGAGUAGAAACCUUUGUAUCAUAUGUUGAAGUUUUUGUUUUCCCCCAGAGCUGAUGACCACAAACUUGGUAUACUGUAAUAUGUAUUCCAUUAAGCCUCAGAAUGUCAUAUUAGGAUUAGUAUUGUACCCUGUAAGCGAAGUGCCAAGUCACUGAUGUUGUGAAGAAUGGACCAGUCACUUGGUAGAGUGAAGUAUUGUGCUGACACCCAUCAGGAAUAAUGGAUUAAAACUGCCAUGACGAUGCUGUUGACUAUAAGACUGGUCACAGAGGUAGACUAGCCAUAGGCACACUAUCCAUAGACAGAGGCUAGCAACAAAGGCAGGCUAGCCAUAGGCAGGCUGGCCACAGAGGCAAACAAGCAGGUAUGCUGGUCAGGGGGAGGCUAACUAUAAGUAGGCAGGCUGGUCAUAGAAGCAGGUUAGCCAUGGGUGGGCAGGCUGGCCAAAGAAUGAUUCAUAAUUCUCCACUGCCUGAAAUAUAUUUCUUACAUUGCCAUGUGUAUUAUUGAUGUACAGUACUGUAUAGCUGAUGAAUCAUAAUCAUACUUCAAUGUUGGCAUCAAGAUUGUAAAUUAUGAAUAAUUCAUUUAUUUUCCAUUUACUAACAACGCAUUACUUCGAAUAUAAACUUGCCCUUCCAUAACACUUCAUAUCUGUACUGAUGAACUUUAAGUGGAAAAUAUGAAUGACUUGUAAAUAUAGUGAAAAUUUAGUAUCCAAUUGUAUGGUUGAAACUAAUGAAUGGCAUAUUGAGGUGGGAGGUAAACAAUGCCCAUACCAUCGUGUGUGACCGAGGGACCACGCUCACAUCAAUAAAAUAUUAAUUCUAACUUUCCUCUCCUUAUUACCAAAUCUGCAGUGCUCCAGGUAGGUCAGUGUAAGGAACAAUCUUCUUUGUCAAAAUAACUGAGCUGGUAACUUAAUGUGGGAAUUUUUUUCUCAAGAAUACAUCUCCACAUUAGUGAGAGGUAACUUUAUAUUAAGGAUGUUUGUGAACUGUUAAGUUACUGAUUGAGUCAUUACUUUUAAUGUAAGUCAAGUUCUUUGAGGCCUUUGAGCUGUACUCUUACUGUCUGUACUAAUGUGUAUUUUAGUUACCUAAUUGAACUGAGGGUUUUUUUGUUAAUUUUGUAUUGGGUAAAAUUUUUCUUACAUUUUCUUAGAUUGGAAUUUAUGUUGUAAUUGUGUCCUACAUUAUGUUAUUAGUGUUACAGUGUGUGGGUAGACCUUCACCAAGACACUGGUUAACAUUGAUAUUUGUCACUUUUUUUAAUAUUUAAUCAUUAAAUAUCCAUUUCAAUGUAUACUAAUGAAUAAGUUCAUUGAUUAUUUUGUGAAGUAAUUGUUGGCCAUGAAAGGUAUUUAGAGUUGAGGUGUGAGGUGUCCUUGGUGGCACCAGUACUGUACACCACCUGAACCCGUGCACCUCCACUGGUCAGCUGCAUCUUCAUCAAAAAAAGAGUUAUUUUAUGGCAUGUUUGAGCUAUGCAUAUCCAUAUAGUAAUAAAGAUGAACUUCGUAAAUAAAUACAAUAAACUCUUAAAAUAAACUUGUAUUUUAUUGCUUUCAAAUUAUUUCCAAUUACAAAUAUGUUUCUGAUGUUCACUCUCAACAAAAGACAAGAGAACAUUGAAAAUUAUUAAAUAAUGACUGAACAUGAACAUACCUAGUAGAGUACACAACUGCCAACUCUAAAAAAACUAAGUUAAUUUAUUGAUUUUAGAUGCACCUUUCAGCUCAACAAUUACCAAUCCUCACUGACGGAUGAUCAUUUUCUAUAGUCCAUAAUAACCAGUUCUAUGUCUCCACACUGCAUGACCUGUUCCAUGUCCACCUCUUGUGUUAGUUCAACCUUGUGUGGUCUUUCCUCUCUUACUGUCUUCCAUAAAGCAUCCCCAGCCUGCAUGGUCUCUGAUGUACUGAUAGACUAGAUAAAUUACCUGCAGGUCAUAUAGGAUACAUUACCAAUGCACAUUUGACCUGACCUUACUUGACUACACCCCCCCCCAAGCUACCUGGGGUGGUGAUUCUUCAUGUAUUCUUAUGUAUUUACCUAUAUGUUAGGACAGGUGAAUGGUUUCAUUAAUAUUUACUUAUAAAAUGAUAUAGGAAUAGCUGGUGCUGGGAUGAGAUCAGUAUACACAUAAUAAAAUAGAUAGUUCUCCGUGACUUAGGCAUGAGUUCACUGCCUUAUCAUGUCUUCCAAAUCUUAAGUAGACAAAAUUUAAACAUUGAUAAGCGACAUUCUUGAGCAGUCGUUAGGUGAGGUGUGGUCGUUUGGUUGUUUACUCAAAUCAUCAUCUAAUAACGAGAAGAAAGCAUUGUGGAUUUUAGUGUUGAUAAUAAAUCGAAGAAAUCUAUUAACAUGUCAUAUUUGUUUUGUUCUUGAUCCCCUUUAAUGUCAUGUCCGGUUUACAGUGAGACCUGGCAUACCGGACCGUACAUUGCACUCUGGUAAGGCAACAAAUAUAUUUAGGAAGGCUUAUUUAUGUCUUUUUUAUAUCAGUUUUAUGAAUUUUGUCGCCUUAAGAAAACAUUUAUUUUCCUUUUAAACAGAUGAACAGAUGAGAUAGGAAGAGUACAAGUAAGUGAACUUUUCAUUUAAAGAUUGCACAAAAAAUAUCUUUAAAUGCCACACAUAAGAUUUGGAAAAUAAAUAACAUACCUUCAUAUAAUUUAUUAAUUUUAGUGAAAUUUUAGUAGUCAAGAGAUUUAUAUACACCACAAAAAGGUCAUUUUACAUAAAUUUUCAGCAACAAUGUGUGUUUAAAACUCGGCGAGCGUCGACCAAUCAGCGGCCAGCAGGACGGUUUAAACCUCCAGACGUACACAUUCAAAGAGGCGGCGAGGGAGACGACCCACCUAGUCUUCCGUUUUACCAUCUCUCUCCUUUAUUCAACACCUCCUCCACCAUUUACUACCCUCUGCUGUUCCGUGUGAUAGUGAAGGAGGUGUUCGUGAGGGGAGUUAAGGGUUCAAUAGCAGAGUCUGGCAGUGGAAAUGCAGACCAACAAAGAAAACAAUGCAGGUGGUGUGGUGGCCAGCAGUGCACCACAACGAGCACCGCUGAAGGAAACCACCAAAUCCAAUGUUGUUAAUGAAGCAGAUGGUCUUCACAAAGACAGUGUCAACUCUGACAGCUUAGAGGACAAAGACAAACAAAAAUGGUCACUUGAUAAUUUUGAGAUUGGGCGACCCCUUGGAAAGGGCAAGUUUGGUAAUGUUUAUUUGGCUCGUGAGAAGUCAAGUAAAUUCAUAGUGGCUCUCAAAGUUUUAUUCAAGUCCCAACUGCAAAAGUCAAAUGUUGAACAUCAAUUGAGAAGAGAGAUUGAGAUUCAAGCUCAUCUCAGACACCCGAACAUCCUGCGACUGUAUGGGUACUUCCAUGAUGCAGUGCGGGUGUACCUCAUCUUGGAGUACGCCCCUCGUGGCGAGUUGUACAAGGAGAUGCAGGCACAACCUCACAGCCGUUUUGAUGAAAAGAGGUCUGCUAAGUACAUCAUGCAGCUUGCCAAUGCACUUAAAUACUGCCACACAAAAAAGGUCAUCCAUCGUGAUAUUAAACCUGAGAACCUCCUCCUGAGUCUUCGUGGAGACCUGAAGAUAGCAGACUUUGGCUGGUCAGUCCAUGCUCCUUCCUCCAGGCGCACAACGUUAUGUGGCACUCUGGACUAUCUGCCUCCUGAAAUGGUUGAAGGAAAGGCUCAUGAUGAAAAGGUGGAUCUCUGGUCUUUAGGAGUUCUGUGUUAUGAAUUCCUCUGUGGUAAACCUCCUUUUGAAGCAGAAUCAAACUCGGACACGUACAAACGCAUAUGCAGUGUGGAUCUUCGGUUUCCUUCACAUGUUUCUGAUAAAGCCAAGGAUUUAAUGGUCAAGUUACUGAGGCACAGCCCACGUGAUCGUUUGAGUCUUGAUGGUGUUUUACAACAUCCCUGGAUUGGGCAGUGGACUGAAGACCGCAGUACAGUUCCUCCCCCCAAAAAAUAAGCAGUGAAUACACUUUAUUUAAGAGAAACAAGUACAUCAUCAGAUUUUUUUUCUUAAUCCAUUGGUGUGAUUUUUUCUAUUUUUUGCCUUGUGUUUGCGAAUGGGCAUUUUUUCAGUCAGUGCUCAUUUAUCAGAACAGGAUUCUUAGCAAGUUUCCAUACACAGUAUAGUUCGUUAUUUCCUCAGUGCUGUGUAUUUUCUGAUCUCAUUCCUAGUGAUACAUAACAUCUAUGAAGAGGAGCUCCGUUUCAUAAAUCGGUUCAUAAAGGAAAUAAUUGUAUUUAUAUUUUUCACAGUAGACAAUGAGAUUUUGUAUUCCUGGUUCAUAAGACAUUCCUUUUAACGAUCAAGUUUUAAAAUGAGCCUGGCAUACAUCCAGCAUGCGUUGCUGCCUCUUGUCAGUCCUGCAAGUUCGCUUAAUACCUGGUGCUGAAGUGGUAGAAAGGUGUCCUAAGAAGACUGGUGUAUCUAAUUACAUUCUCACACAGGACAUGUUUUUUGUGGCAAAUAGUGUAAAUAAAAUACACCAAUUUUUCUCUGAGGAUUGACUUGAAUCUUAGGUAAAGUGUGCAAUAAAAUAACUAACCAAGUAUCAAGUGCACAUUGGGGAUUUUAUAAUCCAUUAUAAUAUUUGCACAAAUAUUAUUGUAAAGUGUGCACUUUAAAAAAGUUAAGUGAUUUGUACAGAGGUAUUGCUUAACUUAUACUUGACAAAAUGGUUUUUACAGUACAGUAGAUAUAUUGUUGGUCAUUAACUAUUGGGUGCUGAACAGUUACUUGACACUGUAAGCAAGUCUUGAUACUUACUCCAUUAACAUAUGAACUCAACUCUGGGUUUGGGAUUUAAGUGAUUCAUGCCUAUUACUUUUGUAAAUUCAACCCUAGACAAAAAUAUUUAAAACUUUGGAAUAAGUUUUCUUCAUUAGUGAAAUCACCCCUAUGAUAUAAAGCACUUGUCUCAAGGUAGCUUUACCAUGCUAUAUCUACCUUUGAUUUGUAGAUAUAUAACUCGAUAAAAUUAUUUUAGCUACUGACCAGUUGGGUGCAGAUUAAAACAGACUUGUUGGUAGAGUGGUUGAUAUGAUGUAAUUUAUUAAAAUCUAACAUCCUUCUCUCUCAUGUUUAUUUUAAAAUUUUAUGAUUCUUGGUAGAUCCUGUCCUCAUUUUGUACAUUUAAAUAAGUAUUUAGAAAAUAAUUUUCACCUAAUCAAAGAAAUUGUGUAAAAUAUCAAACUAUAUAUGUGAUUAUGUUGUGUACAGCCAACAGAAAAAUUGCUGUACCCCUUUUCCUGAUGGCCUUGUAACAAUUACCGACUGAGGCCGCUUUCAUUUGACAAUGUUGUUAUUUCUGGUUGUGUGAUGCAGUGUAACCACUACAAUGUAUUCCAUAUGUCACAUAGUUAAUAGAGAAAGUAACAGGAAUACAUAUAAUACCUGUGUUGUUCAGAAUUCUUGGUCUGGUGUCAUAUUGUACACCAUAAGGGUGCAGAUUUUUUUCUAUAUCUUUUUGUUGUUGACUGUACACACAACAUGCAUAUACCAGUUUGGAUCUUUACUUUUUAGUUGACUAAAUGAUCAUCUUCAUGUAUGUGCAUAUUUACCCACACAAAGUUUUCCUCUGGUUCUUGUUUAAACCUUUAUGAAUGUUUGAUUGCAUUAUUGGUUGAUAAUAUUAGUAAUUUGGCUUUAGUAUGAAUGUACAUACACAGUACUGUACUUAGAUAUAAGCUGAGGAACUGGGAUGGGCAUUGUGUAAUGAGGUGACCUGGUAAGUAACAAGUCUCACACACAAUGAGGAUAACUUGACCAGGAGAUACUUAAAACAAGUCAGUCCAGCCUCCUUGCACAAUUCUGACAAGAUCAAUUAAUAACUGGUGGGUCAGUAUACUUGUGUGUGUAUUACUGGUAUCUAUAAAUGCAGGUAUGAGAAUAAUAAUGGAAGAUAUGUGAACUGUGUGAAAUUUCUGGACUGGACAUAGAACUACAAUAAACAAAACAAAACAAAAUUAGUUUUUUGGUUCCCAUUUAUCAUGAGUGGAUCAAAUUCAUAAAACCACCCACACCUUUCAUUUGUUUAGUAAGUCAACCAUAUUGCCAGAAACUAUCGCCCCCCAUUAAUGGUUAAGUCUUUAUAUAUAUAUAUACUAGCAUGAUGUGCUUCAUGAUUUUUUGGUUUCCUUAACUACAGGGUAUAUAUAUUUUCUCUACUUUAUAUGUUCGAUAUAUUAAAUUUCUGUAUAUUGUACUUGCACAUUUGUAACUAUAAUCAGACCAGGAUUAAAUGAGUUAUUCAGUUGUUCUCAUGAUGAUGUGCCUUCAAACAUAAUAGUUGCUCUUAGUUUGUAGCCAUACAAUACAUAUAAGUAUUAUGUGACAGCAUAUAUUCAGUUAAAUGUUUAUUUCCUUAUUGCUAAAUUAAGUACAGUACAGGUAUUUUUCGGUAGCCUUGAUGUGCCUGGUAACGUUGGGUUGGUUCCUGGGCUUUGGUAAAUGUCUGGUGUCUGCUUCAGCAUCCUAGUAUAAGCUCGUUCACGUUAUUUCACAUCUAUAAAUAGUUUUCUAUAUACAGGUAGUUCUGCUAUAACGCGAUAAUUGUGUUCUUGUAAAAUAUCGUGUUAUAGAAAAUCGCGUAAUAGAAAUAACAGGGCUUAUGGAGAAAAUAG